AUGUAUUUGAUUUUGUCAGCAUUAACAAUUUGCUCUUACGCAAUCGCUCCUCAUGUGCUGACGUAAGGACCAUUUACAGAAACUAAAGAGACUUUUCAAUUCACAUAGCUCUUGGAUCACAGCGACCCAGCCAAUACUCAGACAUGGCAAUAGAGAUACCAUGUGUAUUCCCAAUAUUUUAAUCCCACUAAAGGUGGAGUUAUCUUAUACAUUUGUGGAGAAUGGAAUUGCUAAGGUGUAGGGGACAACUCAUUAUCCUUCUAAUUGGCAAAGGAUUUAGGUGCAAUUGUUAUAGCAUUGGAACACAGAUUCUAUGGACAAUCUCAACCCUUCGGAGCAGAUUCAUGGAGUUUGGAGAACCUAUCUUAUUUAAAUGUCCAUCAAGCCUUGGAUGAUCUCGCCUAUUUUAUAUUGCAAAUGAAGAGACUUAAACUUCAUAACAUCGAUUCUACAUUGCCUUGGUAUGCAAUCGGAGGCUCAUACCCAGGGGCUUUAUCAGCUUGGUUCAGAUACAAAUACCCUCAUUUGACUGUCGGUAAUUUGGCUAGCAGUGGAGUCAUCAACACAAUCCUUGACUAUUGGUAAUUCGAUGAUCAAAUUAGAAAGAGUACAAGCAAGAGUGGUGAAUAAUGUCCUCUCUACUUACAGUUGCUGAAUGGUUAUGUCGAUAAGAAACUAAAGAACUUCAAUACCAAAUAGGCAUUCAAAGAAUCCUACAAUUGUGAAAAGAUGACAGACAACGAAUUCAGAUGGUUCUGGGCUGAUACCAUUGUCUAAAUGAUCCAAUCAGGAUAGAGAACCAGGUUCUGUCAAACUCUAGAGUCCUUGCCAUCCAUUGAGGCUAUGGCUGAAUACAUAAAAGAGAUUGCUCUAGAUCAAGGAGAUAGUUAUAAACAAUACGGUGCUUACUAUUUAAGAGACGAAACCGUCGACUAGAACUCCGUAAUCCGUUAAUGGUAUUUCUAAUGUUGCUCCGAACUUGCCUAUUUAUAAACACCCCCACAGAAUAAAGAAUCCUUAAGAUCCUAUGAAUUGACAUUAGAUUGGUGGAGAGUAUGGUGCAAUGAUGCUUACUCACAAGGGGAAGUAAUUUGGCCAGAUGUAAGAGCAACUGAAGCCUAUUUUGGAGGAUUAAACUUGAAUGUUGAUCACUUGAUCAUGACCAAUGGUGGGGAAGAUCCUUGGCAAACAGCCUCCUUGACUAAGGCCACUAAAGCAAAUAGCAAAGUUAUCACCUACUUAAUCGAUUGUGAUGAUUGUGCUCAUUGUGUAGAUUUGGGUGCUCCCAGUGCUAAAGAACCAGCAGUUCUUACAUCAACUAGAUAAGCUAUCAAGAAUACAUUUAAAUAAUGGCAUGAUUAAUUUUGGAGUAAAACUAUGGUUGAAUGA